AUGGCGGUCCCCUUCAUCGGCCGUCUCAACAUAAUUGAGUACUUCGCUCUAAUAGGGUCCUUCAUACUUGUCGGCCUCGAGGCCGUGAUUCGCAUCCUCACCCUAGCCCUCCCCCCAACAUUGAUCAACCUUUUCUACCGAGCUUCGAGAAGGAUAUUCGACAGGUUCAUAUCACCGGCAGAGAAGAAAGCGGAGGAGAGGAAGAAGAAGAUCUCGACCUCCGUGCAGGAUGCUUCAGACUUUGUCGAGCUCUGCCACCUACACGGCUAUACAGCGGAGGAGCAUGUCUUGCAGACCCGGGAUGGCUACCUUCUCGGCCUUCACCGCCUAGCCUACAGAAAGGGGGAGGAGGACACGAACGUCAAUGGUGGCCCUGGUAGUGUGCGGAAACGGGUCGCAUAUCUGCACCACGGCCUCCUCAUGAACAGCGAGGUCUGGGUCUGCCUCACCGAGGCCCAGCGCACUCUUCCCUUUGUGCUGGUCGAGCACGGCUUCGAUGUGUGGCCAACCCACCAGUUCGGAAACAAUCGAGGCAACAAAUACUCGAAAAAGUCGAUCAAAUGCUCGUCCAAGUCGACCCGGUUCUGGAACUUCUCCAUCGACGACUUUGCCCUCUACGAUAUCCCGGAUAGUAUAGCGUACAUUCUCGAGACGACGGGCGAGAAGUCUCUGUCCUACAUUGGCUUCUCUCAGGGCACAGCCCAAGCCUUCGCCUCGCUCGCCAUCCACCCCAAGCUCAACGAGCAGGUCAACGUCUUCAUCGCGCUGGCUCCGGCCAUGUCGCCCGCGGGCCUCUCCAACGGGAUUGUCGACGCACUGAUCAAGGCGUCGCCCCAGGUCCUGUUUCUGAUGUUCGGGCGGCGCUCGAUCCUCAGUUCGGCGACCAUGUGGCAGUCGCUCCUGUACCCGCCCAUCUUUGUCAAGGUGAUCGACCUCGGCCUGGGCUUCCUCUUCAACUGGAGGGCCAAGAACAUCGCGACGUCGCAGAAGCUGGCCGCCUACCCGCACCUGUACUCGUACACGAGCACCAAGUCGGUGGUGCACUGGUUCCAGAUCAUAAGGACAAAGUCGUUCCAGAUGUACGACGACGACGUGCACCCGCCGCUGUCGACGUCGUCGCGGCACACCAAGGUGGCGCGGUACCCGACGCGCAACAUCAAGACGCCCAUCGUGCUCGUCUACGGCGGGUCCGACUCGCUCGUCGACAUCAAGGUCAUGCUCAAGGAGCUGCCGCCGCAGACGGUGGCCACCGAGAUCCCGCACUACGAGCACCUCGACUUCCUGUGGGCGCGCGACGUCGACGCCCAGGUCUUCCAGCACGUCUUCGACGCGCUCGACAGCUUCACCGACGCGGCGCACUCCAAGGAGGAGUACGCGCGGUACCGCAGCGCGCGGCACAUGAGCCUCAGCGCCUCGGCGAGCUUCGGGAGCGGCCGCCGGCACCGCGGGCAGCGGCAGCGGCACGCGCGGCAGCACAGCGACGCGGAGGCGCUCGUGGCGGACAGCGACGUGAGCGCCUCGCGGAGCGGGUCGGUCGACGAGGGCAGGGGCCCGCACCACGCUGUGGAGGGGGAGCUGGCGCCGCGCCUCCUCAGCGACGACGAGACGCUGAGCCAGCCGUCGACGCCUGACGUCACGUCGGUGGCCGGGCUGGGCAUCGCGCCGCCGGGGCUGAGCAGGGAUGGGUCGCUGCAGUUUGUGAACAAGGAGUCGCCGGAUCCAGCGAAUUGUUGA